CGCUCAUGUGUUUAUGGAUGAAACUCGCUGAUCCAGUUGUUUUUCACUUAAAAAAAAUUGCGAAAGGCUGUUUCUUCAUUAUGUUUUUAAUACAUAUCAGUUCAAACCUUUUCUCAUUUAAAAUGACGUGAACUUAUCUUUAGUUUCCAAGGACGUUUUCAUUGGAACUUUUGAUUUUUAAUAUGAGUAUAAAAAAUCAAGUUUUUAAUUUUGUAUUUCGUCAGUAGUGGUUGAAGCUGAAAGAAUGAAGUUCAGAGCAGUAUUCAAUCGUAUGCACAGACUAUUUUUCUCGAGUAAACAAGAUUUAGCUAUUGCAACUUGCUCUUUUCACUCCGAUAAUAUUGAAGAGAAUAAGCUUUUGAACCAACUGAGAAUUAGAAUUGAAGCUACUGGGCCUCUUUCGGUCGCAGAUUACAUGAAAGAAGUUUUACUAUCGCCGAGUUCAGGUUAUUACAUGAAAAAAGAUGUCUUUGGAAGUCAUGGAGACUUUAUUACUUCGCCAGAAAUUUCGCAAGUUUUUGGGGAGCUUAUUGGUAUUUGGUUUUAUAAUGAAUGGUUGAAAGUGGGGAAACCUCAACCACUUCAGCUAGUUGAAUUUGGUCCUGGACGGGGAACAUUAACAGAUGACUUACUAAGAGUCUUUUCAAAAUUUAUGCCACAUGGUACCCAACUUUCUAUCCAUUUCAUUGAAGUUAGCCCACAUUUAAGGAAACUUCAGGCUUUGAAGUUAUGCUCAACAGAUACUGAGGAAGGAAUUGAGAAUGACUUAUUACCAACUAAAUAUGGUUUCCCAUUAAAGUGGCAUUCAAGUUUGGAAUCUGUGCCUGAAAAUUUUUCUCUUUUCUUAGCUCAUGAGUUUUUUGAUGCUCUUCCUAUUCAUAAAUUUCAGAAAACUACAGAUGGCUGGAAAGAAAUUUUAGUAGAUUAUAGGGGUGGUCAACUCCAGUUUGUUUUAUCACGUAGUCCAACUCCUGCUUCUAAACUACUUAUUGAUCCGAAUGAAAACCGUGAUCAUGUUGAAAUUUCUCCUGAAACUGGUGUGAUUUUGGAUCAAGUGUUAAAAAGGAUGAAAGAAGAUGGUGGAAUAUCUCUCAUUGUUGAUUAUGGUCAUCAAGGAACUAAAACAGACACAUUUAGAAGUUUUCAAGGCCACAAGCUUCAUGAUCCAUUAGAAAAGCCGGGAGAAGCAGAUCUCACUGCUGAUGUAGAUUUUUCAUUCAUUAAAAAGUGUGCUAAAAAUAAAGCUGUAAUUUUUGGCCCUGUGAAUCAAGCAGAUUUUCUGAAAAAUAUGGGAAUUGAUGUUCGUCUGGAGAAACUUAUGGAAAGUGCAACUCCUGAAGAUCAAAAGUCUCUGAAAUCUGGAUAUAAAAUGUUAAUGAGUCCUGAUGAAAUGGGAGAAAGAUUUAAAUUUUUAGCUUUAUACCCUGUAGUACUGAAAGAUAGACUUCGUAAAUAUCCUCCUGCAGGUUUUUAAAUUAUAUUUUAAGCAAAUUUUAAAUAAAUAUU